AUGUCGGCGAUCCCCGACGGCCCGCGGAUUUUGUUUGCCACAAACAUCGAGCGCGGGCAAUGCGGCGUCUUCCUCGCCGCCGCAGCCAGCCUCCUUGCCUCCUCCUCCUCCUUGUCCCCGGUCGACUUGCACUUUGCCUCCUUUCCAUCUCUGCAGGACGAGGUUCGAGCCCUCUCAGACAAUGCCGGUACCCGUUACAAGGCCACCCGCGCCGGCACAGACGCAAGCGCCCGGCCCCGCAUCACAUUCCACGCCCUCCGCGGCCCGACGCACACGGACGCCGUCCUCGCACGCAACGCCGAGAGGUACGGCCCGGGCAGCUCCGUCCCUCCGCCGGCCUUCUCGCGGCCCCUGGACGCUCCCACCACCAUGGCCACUGUCCGCGACCUGUGCGCCUACCUGCUCGGCUGGGACGGGCCGGGCUUCAUGCAGGUGUACCGCUCCUUCGCCGACAUCAUCGACGCCGUCGCGCCGGACCUCAUCGUCGUCGACGUGCUGCUGUCGCCCGCCAUCUCCGCCGCCUGGAACUCGGGAGUCCGCUUUGCCUACCUCAGUCCCAACUCCAUCAAAGACUUUGCCGCCAGCUACCAGCCCCUUUCCAUGCUCUGGAAGUGGCCCGCCCUGAUGAGUGGAUUUGACUACCCGGUGCCUUGGCAUCAAAAGCCCCUCAACGUGUUCCACUACAUGUACAUGAUCUAUCAGCUCCUGACGGACCCGGGCCUGGCGACCACGAAGCGGCACGUCCAGGAGGAGACGGGCAAGCCCUUGAGGUGUCUGAUGAACACUGGCAAGAGCCUGCCAGACCACGUCCGCAUCUUCGUCGGCACCCUGCCCGAGCUCGACUUCCCGCUCACCAGCCACCCGCGCAUCGUGCCUUGCGGCCCCAUCAUCCGCGCGCCGCCGCCCAUCGCUGAGUCCGACCCGGAGCUCGCCGCCUGGCUCGCCCGCGGACCGACCGUCUACGUCAACCUCGGCUCGCUGUUCAAGCUCACCGAGGAGCGCGCCGUCGAGCUCGCCCGCGGCCUGAACCUGGUCAUGGACCGGCAGCGCCUCGAGCGAGCCAGGCCGACGACAUCGUCCCUGCAGGUCCUGUGGAAGCUGAAGAAGGACGGCGAGUACGACGCGAGGGGCCCGGACGCCGCGGUCCGGGCCGCCUUUGGCGACAAGAUGGGCGGCGAUGAUCGCGUCCGCAUCGUCGACUGGCUCGACUGCGCGCCGCUUGCCGUCUUGCAGAGCGGUAACGUCGUCUGCUCGAUCCACCACGGCGGUGCCAGCUCAUACAACGAAGCCAUCCUGGCCGGGGUGCCGCACGUGGUUCUGCCGUUCUGGACGGACUGCUACGAGUACGCCAAUAGGGUCGAGUUCCUCGGCGUCGGCCGAAAGGGCGCGCGCAGGCAGCAGCCGGUCUUCGAGGCCGCGGAGCUCGCGGAGGCAGUCUCGGAGGUGAUCCACGGGCCUCGUUCUGAGGGUAUGAAGAUUAGGGCGCGGGAGCUCGCGGAGCUUUGCAGGGAGAACGGAAGUGGUCCCGACAUCGCGGCACAGGGCAUCUUGAAGCUUGCCACCGAGGCUGCCGCGUUGAGCAAGGAAAUGGAAGAGAGUGAGUGA